AUGACUUCAACGCAAGAUACGAACGCAUUUCUAGAGUUCACCAAGCUUAGCAAUCAAGUAUACCUUCGCCCUGCAACCCGUAGCGAUGUGUUGUCGUCAAGCCCGACGGAUCCGACCGCUAUCCUCAUCUAUGCAUGGGGCGACUCUCUUCCAAGGCACCUGAACAAGUACAUCCUAGGCUAUCUGCUCUUAUACCCCAAUGCCAAAAUUAUCCUCAUCCUCGGCCCCAUGGUGAAGCUCUUCUACCAAUCCUUAGAGCAACGUUCACAUAACAUGGAGACCGUGGUCAAUGCCCUCACCGGCGCUGGCGAGCGCGUACUCGUCCAUGGCAUGUCCAACACAGGAGGUGUCAACUACGCGGCAACCCUCCAUGCAUAUCGAAGAAUGAACCCCGGCAAGACGUUUCCACAUGUCUUGUCAGUCUUCGACUCGACACCCGGUAGCACCUCGGUCCGAACAAACAUCGGUCCCUGGUCCCGCGCCAUGGCGAUCGGCGCCGCGUCGUGGUUUCCCGGUCCAAUGAUUAUUCCGCAAUUCUUUGCAAUGAUAUUCCUUCUUGGACUGCACGGCAUGCUGUAUCUGAGAGGGAUACAGAGUCCAGCUGUGUUUAGCACGAAGGCGGUCAACGACCCAGACUUUGAAGGUCUAAAGGCACGAAGGAUCUAUUUGUAUGGCACCCACGACGAGAUCAUCCAGUGGCAGGCACUAGAGGAGCAUGCUGCUCAAGCAAAGCAGAGAGGAUAUCAGACGGACCUCGAGAGGUUUGAGGGAACAGGCCAUGUUGGCCACAUGAGAGGAGAGCCGGAGAGGUAUUGGCGUGCGAUUAGAGAGGCUUGGGCGAAAGCUAUCGAUGAUUGGCCCUAG